AUCACAGUCGCUGGGCAAAUAGUUGCAGGGAAGAGUUUUUAUAUAAAUUACGGUGUUUCUGGAUUUUGAACUAAAUUUUCAUUAAAUAUGAGUUUGGCGGGUAAAAAUGUUGUGUUCGUUGGUGGCUUGGGCUUCAUUGGUUAUGAAGCUUGCAAAGCGUUGAUGACCAGAGAUUUGGCGUCCUUCUUCAUUUUCGAUGUUCUGGACAAACCCGAAGCUGUGAAGGCCUUGGAGGAGAUCAAUCCCAAGACCAAAGUCUACUACACCAAGUUCGACAUUACCAGCAAGGAUAGCAUUAAGCAAUCGCUCGCCGAUGUUGUCGCCAAAGUGCAAUACAUUGAUGUACUCGUCAAUGGCGCCGGCAUACUCACCGAUCCCAAUGUUGAGCUGACCAUGAACAUCAACUUGAUUGGUCUCAUCAAUACCACACUCGAGGCCAUACCACUUAUGGACAAGAACAAGAAGGGACGCGGUGGCGUGAUAGUCAACAUUGCUUCCGUGCUGGGUUUGGAGCCCGCACCACCCACCGCCGUCUACUGCGCAUCGAAAUUCGGUGUUGUGGGCUUCUCGCGUUCACUUGGCGAUCCCCACUAUUAUGAGCACACCGGCAUUGCGGUGGUCACUUUCUGUCCCGGUUUGACUGAUACGCCAUUGAAGAACAACAUUGCCACCAAAUAUACCUUCGACUAUUCCAAGGAGAUUGGCGAGAAACUGAACAACUCCAAAACACAGAAACCCGAAAUUUGUGGCCAACAUUUGGCCCAAGCCGUCGAGUUGAUGGACAAUGGUGCCAUCUACAUUAGUAACCAAGGCACAUUGACCAAGGUGAAGCCAAGCGUCUACUGGGAACCAACUUAUUAGUGACUUUGGGAAAAUUUUACAAAAUAGUUAUGAUUAAUGCGCUUUUACUACCAAAGUUAGUUAGAGAAAAAUGUUUUAUGUAAUUUAAGUUUUAUUAAU